CAGUCAGAUAGUCAAACUGAUAUUUUAUUUAAUUCAAAUUCUAUGUACUUCUUUUUUAGAUUCUACUGAUAAAAACGAAACAAGAUACAAGCAAGAUAUAAAUAUUUUCCAUUAUAUUUUGACCGCAUAUGGUGCUAGAAACGACACAUGGAAGAUUAUUGGAAGUGAUAUCAGUUCGAUGCCACCAGAUCGUAUGGAAAGUAUAAUGAUAGAAGAAAACGACGUCCUGGAAGCAGUGAUGUGGGAACCUAGUGGACGAACAUUGGAAACUUUUCCUGAAAAGGACGCCGCUUACAAAAUCCUCCUUCAUCAAAGCGCAAAACCAAGAGCAAAAAUGUGGACCACGGUUCCAAAAUCUUCAAAACCCAUUACAUUUGGUUCAGCUCUAUUGUGGGCCAAACAAGUUGGAAAUGCCGCUAAGAUGGGAUACAACGUAAUCUUCAGGCAACCAAGAGUGUAUGAGCUAUUCACAGAUACGCCGAUUUACUGGUUUUCACUUUUGCACAAAACACUUAUGGGAUGUCAUGUCUUGGAUACGAAAUCUUCGAUAUUUCAAGAAGAAACGGACAUUUUCGCACACUGUACCAGAAAACAGAACAGUUUCGUCAGACGAGGGGCUUUGACCAUCUUGGUAGUCAACAACCGUCCAAACAAGUACAAAGUUAAAGUCAAACUUGGUAAUAGUUUACCUGAAAAAUCAAUGGAAAUUCAGGCGUAUAUUUUGACAUCUGAUACAACAAAUUCAACCAACAUCUACCUUAACGGAAAGCUACUAACUACGAAACUUCUGCAAGAAAAAAAUCCUUUCGAACCAAAGAUACGGAGAACCAAGACAACUUCGCACUUAUUACUUUCUCUUCCACCCUUAUCUAUCGGAUUUUUCGUUCUUCCGGGUGCGAGAAUCCCAGUUUGCAUAGACAAAGAGAAAGAGAGACGACUGUUACUUGAAGAAAUAGAAGAAAACCAAAACAAUGGACUAUCGGCUGAAAUAGCCUUACAAUUGGGUUCUAGAGCUUCUUUCAGCAGGAAUAAUCCUUUGGACGAAAUAAUGCAGAAAUUAAAAGAAGAAAUGAAAUCAGAUGAGAAGUAUUACAAAAAAGAUGCGACAAAAUCUAAAUCUGGAUCUACCAUAUUUAGCCAACAAGCGCCUGGAUUAGAAAAAACAGAUGGCAAAAUAGAUGAAAAAGGAAGAAAACAUUUCAUAGAUAGAGUAAAAUUUGCAGAAAAACACAAAAAGGCUCUUGAUCGUCAAAAGAAAGGAGAAGGGUUAAAGAAAUUUCUACUAGAUAAAUCAAAAACACCAAAAAUCGAACAAAAACCUAAAAACAUGGAUCUAACUAGCGAUGAAAUGGAGAAAAUUUUAAAAGAUAGAGCUAUCGAAAGAGCCGCUAAGAAAAACAUAGUUUUCACAGAUGAAGAAUUGGAAGCACUAAUUCGUAAGGCCAGUAAAAACUUCAAUAAACAAAAAGAUAAAAGAUCUUUACCACAAGAACACAGAGAGGAAAGAGACAUUAAUAGACAUAUGCUAGAAAAAUAUAGUCAAAAUAAUCAGCAACCCUUCGAUUUUGAAAAUCAACCAUUCCACCAAAAACAAGAUAUGGAGAAUCAUAAAAUAAGAGGUAAAAGAGAUGUUCGUAGAGUGAAAAAACCGCUAAAGAAAAGGGGUAUCAACUUUGAUUUGCUAGACUUAAAAUCAAAAAUAGCGGAACACAAAAAAUUCUGGCAAGACAAAAAAGAUGACCUCUUGGGUAAUUCUAACUUAAUCAAAGAAAAUUUAUUAGACAAAAUUAAUGAGCUGAAAUCUAAAUACCGAAUUAAAAGGGAUAUUAAUUUUGAUGGCUUGAAGACCAAAACCAAAACUAAAAAGUCAAAGAAAGCUAAAAAAUCAAAAGAUUUAAUCGAAAACAAAGAAGAUAUUGAAGCAACUAUACGCAAAGCCGGUCAAACGAGCGAUGAAAUAUUAGAAGAAUUGGAACAUGCCCGGGUUGCUGAAGAUAUUAAUGAUGAUCAUGAAGAGGUGAAUCAAGGUGAAAUAUUUGCAGAACUAGCCAACUCAGAAGACCUUGAAGACGAAUUAUUGCUAAACGACGACUAUAUUAAACCCAAAAAACUGACUAUAUUUGAUAAAAAAACAAAAAUUGAUCCGUUUGCAGUCGCACAUCCCACACUAGAUAUAGUAGAACCAUCGAGAAGAAAAAGCAAAAAGAAAAAGAUCAAAGCGGAUGAUAAAUUGCAAUUUUUGACUUCUUCGGAAGAAUUCACUGAUAUCGAAGACGAUCUACAUUCUAUACACGAAUAUUAUGGACCGAUGUAUAAAAGUGGAAAAAAGAAGGGUUCUGCUAAAGGAGAGGUUCAGGAAAUGAACGAAUUUUAUGAGAUUCCAAAACUGUUUAAAAGAGAAGUAAAUCAUAAAUUUUCACCUAAAGAUAUACCUCGCAAGAAAAGGUCAGUAGGUUUUACCAUCUUAGAAAUGGCUAAAUAUGAAGAUGACCUCCAACCAGAAGAUUUCUUACAAGAUAUACUCUUUAAUCCAGUUCUGGAAAUGCCAGAAAUAGAAGAGUUUUAUAAAUACGAAAUUAAAGAAUUAGAAGAAGAGGCUAGAAAACUACAAGAAAAAAAUAAUGUAAAUCAUGAAACUGAUGGUAAUACGGUAUUGGAUGAAAAAUCAAAAAACCAUACUCAAACCAAUUCAAGUUCAAUCAGUUUAGAAACAAAUGAAGAUAUAUUAGGCGAAAAACCAAACACAAUCAUAGAAGUAGUGCAUAAUAAUCUACAAACUUUGGACGAUCCUGCCCUACAUGGCGAUACUACCAAAGAAAUAAAUAAAACAGAGAAAACUAAUUCGAACAGUAUAUUAGACAAAGAUAACGAAGAUAAUGAUGAUGACGAAAAUGCAUCUUAUCAUACUAUUAUUCAAGAUAAUCAAAAUGACAAUAAUAUAUCUGAUGCAAACGAUGAAUAUGAUCAAAUUAAUGAUAUUAAGCCUGAAGAUGUUAGUUCAAAUAACUCCAGUAAUGACAAAUCGAAAAAUAGUCAACAAAACGAUGAUACAGAUAACAAUUCGCAGUCCUUAUCGUGGUCAAAAUCUUUAGAAUCUGAAGAUAUUACAGAACUGAACAACCAAUCACAAUUGGUAAAUGAAGAACCACAAGUAAUUCGAAAAAAGCGAGACACAACUGACAUAGAACAUCUUGAGGAAGAGAUAGUCGAAAAAAAGAAAACGAAAACUCCAAAGAAGCAUAUCAAAAAACCCAAAAAAAUAGGCAAAAAAGAGCACAGCAAAAAAGGAGACAGCAAAAAAGGAGACAACAAAAAAGGAGACAGCAAAAAAGAAGACAGCAAAAAAGAGGACCACGAAGAAGAGGACGACCUCAAGAAAGAAGACCUUCACAAAAAAGACCAUACCAAAAAAGACCACAAAAAACUAUCAAAAUCAAAACCAAAAAACGAAAACAAGAAUUUCGCCGAGCAGAUGAACAGUAUAAAAGAGAAACUUCAAGAUAGAAAAGACGAAAUAGAUAAAAUGAUAAAAAAGCAAAAAGAAAUGGAACUCGACAUUAAGAAUCAAUGGAAAUCCAAGAUAGCCAAGAAGAAAAAAAAAUCAAAAUCUGAUAAAGGAGAAGAAUCAUUGAACAACGAAGUAAUAUUAUCUAGAUCGAAGGUACCCAACAAGAAAAAUAUAAAGAAACGAUCAAUUUUUAAUCCUAAACAUACGUUUGGGAAUUAUCAGCCUAUAACAACGGAUUUGAGAGCUUGGAAACCAUCAGAUAUAACAUCUCUAAGGAGAGAUAUUCAUUUUCCGAAAAAAAUGUUGCCGCCCAAUGACCAUCAUAUUUUUAAAAAUAUCUUUAACAAUAAUAGACCCUUCAAUCUAAACAGACGUAGGAGAUUCAUCGAUAAUGACGCCGAUUUGUUGGAGAAUGAAAUCGAUUCGCAUUUCAAUGAAAUCACUAAAGACGCCUACGAUUCUAAUACUUUUGUAGAAAAGGCUCAUGACGUCAAUUUUAAAAAUAACCGAGAUAACAAACUGAAAGAAAUCAUUCAAAAUUAUAAAGAUGAAACUGUACUACCUGGACCGGAUACAACUGUCAUUGAAGUUAUUAAUAAAACCGACAACAACAAAGAGACUGACGUAAAUACAGCAUUCCAACAAGAUAAUAUUUUAAAAAUAGAAGGAAACAAAUCUAUUGAGAGUGAAAAUAAUAUCGCAACCACCACGGAGAAGAAUACAGAAGAACAUAACGACAAAUCUAAUAUGAAAGACGGCGACUAUAAAUUUAAACUACCCAAUAACGAUGAAUUUGAAAUUAUCAAAGCAGGCGACGAUACAGAAAUUAAAUUUUUGCAUCACGAACAUCAAACCACCGAGAAAAAUGAUGAUCUAAUGAAGAACAAUGACACAACCUUUAUUCCAAAAAUAAUGCCGAGAGCUAUGAAACCCUUCGAGGAUAUCGAAAAGUUUUUCGGGAAUGUUAAAGAGUUGUUUGACAAAGUUGGAAGGGAAGUUAAAUAUUAUUUUAAUAAUAUAGGAUUGAAUAUUUAGUUUGAAUGUAAAAUAUUUUGUGUAAUUUAUUCGAUAUGUAUUUAUAGAGUGAAAGGAUUAGUUAAUAAUUUUAUUUAUGUAUUAUUUAUUAUAGUUUUUGUAUUUUAAAAU